ACACGAGCCGCACGGAGUGCCGUUUUAUAUUAUCGCCAUCCGUGCCCUUCAAAUGACACUACUUCGUUGGAAGCCGCAGUGAACGGAGCUGGUUUUACGGUACGCCUUGCAAUCAAGACGACGACAUGAGCAAAAUCGGAAUUAACGGAUUUGGCCGUAUCGGCCGUCUCGUGCUGAGGGCUUCCCUGGAACGUGGUGGUCAGGUCGUCGCCAUCAAUGACCCGUUCAUCGGUCUCGAUUACAUGGUCUACAUGUUCAAGUAUGACUCCACCCACGGUAAAUUCAAGGGAGAGGUCAGAGCCGAGGGCAACUGUCUCGUCGUAAACGGAAACAAGAUCGCCGUCUUCAGCGAGCGCGAACCGAAGGCGAUCCCGUGGGCGAAGGCCGGCGCCGAGUACAUCGUCGAAUCCACCGGCGUGUUCACGACCAUCGAGAAGGCAUCCACUCACUUGGAAGGUGGCGCCAAGAAAGUCAUCAUCUCCGCCCCGUCAGCUGAUGCGCCGAUGUUCGUCGUCGGUGUGAACUUGGAGGCUUACGAUCCAAGCUUCAAGGUCGUCUCUAACGCCUCGUGCACCACAAACUGCUUGGCACCCCUCGCCAAGGUGGUCCACGACAACUUCGAGAUCGUCGAGGGCCUCAUGACAACCGUACACGCGAUUACGGCCACCCAGAAGACCGUCGACGGACCUUCUGGCAAGCUGUGGCGUGACGGCCGUGGCGCAGCACAGAAUAUUAUUCCUGCUGCAACUGGAGCUGCCAAGGCAGUUGGCAAGGUCAUUCCCGCCCUCAACGGUAAGCUGACCGGCAUGGCCUUCCGCGUACCCGUGCACAACGUAUCCGUGGUCGACUUGACGGUUCGACUCGCCAAACCCGCCUCCUACGACGCUAUCAAAGCCAAAGUGAAGGAGGCUGCUGACGGCCCUCUGAAGGGUAUUCUAAGCUACACCGAGGACGACGUUGUCUCGUCCGAUUUCAUCGGCGACAACCACUCCAGCAUCUUCGACGCCAAGGCUGGCAUACCUCUGAACGACAACUUCGUGAAGCUGAUCUCGUGGUACGACAACGAGUUCGGUUACUCUAGCCGAGUUAUUGAUCUGAUCAAGUUCAUGCAGAGCAAGGACAACUAAAAAAGGGUCUCGCAGAAGCCGAUUGUUCACCCGUGUCCUCCUAGCUCCGGCCUCGCCGUACCGCGAAGUCACUGUGUGGAGCAUAUCAUUGUAAAAAAAAAGCUGCUGUAAGAAACACACUGUAUUAAUUGGCGCCAUUACUAACUUUUAGCAAGGAUCUAUUUGGAAUAUAAAGCCAAAAAGAUGUUAGAGCGUACAUUCUUUCUCGCACAGUUAAUAGAAUUGUAGAUAAAGUGAUGUCUAUUCGUCGCUCUGAUUGAAAUACAAAAUAAGACAGGCUCUAGUGUUCAUAUCUAAAAAAAUCUGCAUAUUUAUCUUGUUACUAUUACAGCCAAUUUGUCAAUAAAACAAACGUGUAAAUGAAUAUUCAUAUAACUUGAAUAUUAUGCCUGCAGUAGAUCCUGCAGUAUUGCAGUGUAAGCAUUACGUAAAAUCAGAAGUGUAUGACAAUAGGACUAUAGUUCGAGUUUGUUUCACUAAAUUUAUUAUCGAUCGCGGUUUUAUUCAAUCGAAUUUCGUCACAGUGCAUCGCCACAAGGGGGGCGAUUUUAUUGUACUUGUAUAGAAUUGCAAUUGUAAUUGCAAUACUCAAACUUUCAUGCAUUCAUGCAUUCAUAUUCAAGAGAUAUAUUACAAGUAUUUCUAAUUUUUUUUUUUCUUCUGCAUAAUCAACAUUAUUUUUCCAUUCACACAAUGACAUCAAUAAAAAUUGUUAUGAAACUAAAGUAGUUUCUUUAUUCAUACUUGACAGACACUUCUGUAUAUGUAUAUUCUACAUCGUUACAUUGCUUUUUUUUUACAGGACUGCAGAUAAUAAAUCAGAGAUAAUUCUGA